CAACAGUGGCCCUCCGACCACGGCCGCGUCGCCUCACCUCACCUGGGUCUCCCCGUUCGUGACCCAGUGUGCCUUCACCUUCGGGGGGUCACGGUUGUUCCCUGACACCGUGUCAUAGCGCUGAUAACAGUGGACGAGUGCGUGUCAUCACUCAGGUCGGUAACAAGCGUCAGUGGUGCCCAGGUUAAUCUGUGUUGAGUGAAGUAGCUGAGUGAAGGAAAGAACAUGAAUCAAGUGAAGGCUUGGCUGGGCUCGCUGACAUCCCAGCUGCCCGAGUGGUGCACCUCCAGAAUACCCGAGUUACAGAUGCCCAACAUGCUCAACUGGAACAUACCUAGGCCGAGUAUGCCGGAGUGGAGACUGCCGCCACCAUCAGAGUGGAGUUUGCCAUCGCCUUCAGAGUGGAACUUAGAUCGCCUUACUAGGUGGGACGAGCCCUUCCUGCCUGCGUGGUUACGUCCUUCCCACUGGCGCCAGCAGGUGCGGGAUGCACUGUUAUGGGUAUGGAUGAUAUUCAUAUCUUUCCUGGCAGCCCGAGAAGACCCGGAGCAGCAGCCGCAGCUUCACCAGGAGACUGUUGACGUUCAAGAAGAGUGUGAGGUGGAGGAUGCUCUCGACAGUGAGCUGCGGGAUGCCUUCCAGACGGUGGAGGCGGAAGAGGAAGAUGAAGGUGAGGGGUGGAGAGGGGGAUUUGGGGAGAGGGGUGGACUGACGCGUUACCCGGGAAUUGAAAACUUGUUGGCACAACCCCCCACAGCCACUCUACCGACACCACGCCCUCGCCUGCCACGCACACCUCUUACCGAUAUCGUAAACAAACAAGGAGCUGUCAGGCAGGACAUUUGCGAAGAACAAAAAGAAAGUGUAUCUGAUGAACGAAGUAUUGAGAAUGAAGCUGUUGCAAGCGGCGACGAUAAAGACGCUCUGUGGAAAUCACUCUUGGCAAGGUACACAGAUGAUGAUUCUCUGGCCGAGACUGAUCAAAAUGACCAAUCUCUUGAAGAAGGUCCAGAGUUUGUCGGUACGGCGGAGGAGAUUGUUGAAAGAUACGCCUCCAAGUUCGAGCCUGAGGAAGCUGGCGAAAGAAGCCAAGUGCCUACUGAAGAAUUCACUGUCAAGCUUGGUAACCGACUGGAGGAGUACUUGUCUCGCAUGGAGGAGGACGAGGACGACUCUGAAAGUAAAAUUGAUCUUGCCAGAGAUCAAACAAAGGUUGUUGUAGAGAGAGAAAUAUUCCAUGAUGCAAAGAGGUCGAUCACAGAAGCCAGUGAGAAUGACGACCUGGGAUGUAUACUGGAAGCUAGAGAUAUCGAGACAGAACUUGAAGAAUUUCAAGACAUCGACACCGAGGGCUAUGAUAAAAACCGUAUUUUUAUUCUUAUUGAAGACGAGGAAAGUGAGGAUGAUCGUCGUCAAUUUAAUGACAUCUCCGAGUCAUCCGAUGUGGACCCGUCAGACACACCAGCCUUAGGACUGGAACACAGUGGCUCCAUCAACGCGUCAAACAAAACUGAAACACUGGAACUGAUGGAAGUAGAGGACGUUUAUGUGGAGGCUAAAGCAGAGGACAAAAUUCGUGAGACUAUAGAGCGACGUGAACUCCAUAGUGAAGCUAGAGUUGAGCAAACAGAACCUAUAUUUGAUAAAAGUACAGCAAUUGCGGAUAAUGCUGCAGCAAUAUCACAGGAAGAUAUAAUAUUUCGACAGGAAGGUGAGAUGAGUCUUAUGGGCACAGAAAGCCAAGGAAUGGAGGAGGAUGUUAUAACUAUUGAUGAAGUAUCUGACAUUAAAGAUCAGUCAGCAGAGGAGAGGAAAGACAUGACGGUUGAAGAUGAGCAUAAACGUGCAGAUGAAAGCAUUAGAGAAACUAAAGAGCUAACUACAGGUGCCACCCAGGCUGCCAUUCCUCCCACCAUAACGUCACAAGGAAAGGUAGGGUCCUUUCCGCGUUCAUGUGUCACUAUUAAAUUUAGCGGGGUCGUAGUGGACAGGGACACGUCUGAAGAAGAGGAGACAGGUCCCGCUGAGAGUGAUAACGAUGACACUAGAUCACAGGAGAAACUGAAGUUUACACCUGAUGGAAAUGCCAUACCUGAGGAGGUAAAGUUGUUGACUGAGGUAAAUGCUGAAGAACACAAAAUGACAGAAACCAUUGAAAUGGAAUCACCCUUUGAGACAAUACAAAAGUCUGAAGCAUUACAUGAAGUAUUGCCUGAAAUAUUGCUCUUUGAGACAGAUGCUAAUAAGCAAGAAACAGAGCAAAAGUCAGAAGACCUUUCUGAAGUAAUGUCUAAAAUAGCACCCUUAGAGAUAGUUGUAAAUGAGCAAGAACCAGAACUCGAGUUAAAAGGAUUAUCUGAAGAAUCAGCCUUGGAGGCAGUUGUAAAUAAACAAGAGCUAGAACUAGAGUCCAAAGAACUACCUGAAGAAGCACCCUUAGAGGCAAUUGUAAAUACGCAAGAACCAGAGCUGGAGUCUGAAGGAUUACUUGAAGAAGCUCCCAUAGAAUCAGUUGUAAACAAGCAAGAACCAGAGCUGGAGUCUGAAGGAUUACUUGAAGAAGCUCCCAUAGAAUCAGUUGUAAACAAGCAAGAACCAGACCUGGAGUCUGAAGGAUUACUUGAAGAAGCACCCUUAGAGGCAGUUGUAAAUAAGGAAGAACCAGAGCUGGAGUCUGAAGGAUUACUUGAAGAAGCUCCCAUAGAAUCAGUUGUAAACAAGCAAGAACCAGAGCUGGAGUCUGAAGGAUUACUUGAAGAAGCUCCCAUAGAAUCAGUUGUAAACAAGCAAGAACCAGAGCUGGAGUCUGAAGGAUUACUUGAAGAAGCACCCUUAGAAAUAGUUGUAAAUAAGGAAGAACCAGAGCUGGAGUCUGAAGGAUUACCUAAGGAAGCAUCAGUAGAGGCAGUGGUAAAGAAACACGAGUCAGAAGAAAAGAUGAUAGGAGUACAUGAAGAAAUUCCAACAGAAGCAACAACUGAUAAGCAAGAAUUUGAGGAAGCUUUACCACCAAAGGUAGUGAUAGAACAAGACCUACGAGAAGAACAGCAGCUUCCAGACAUAGGAAUGGUGGAUGAGGUAGAAAAACUGAAAGUACCAUUAGAGGAUAGAGUUGAGGAUGAGUUACAAGAAAAUGACAUCAAUCAGGAAUAUAAAGAGGCCUUUGAAUCGGGGAAGAAAGAGAGGAUAACUAAUGUAGUUGAGGAUAAAAUAAUAGGAGAGGAUCUAGGUGGGGCUGAUCCAACAGUUACAACAAGCAGUGAAAAAUGUGAAUCAUUGGAAAUGCCUUCAUCUACUGAUGAAUUUCUACCAGUGGCUGAUACAAAAACAAUGAAAUAUGUACAAGGAAUGAGCCUUGAUGAUAUGUGGUCCAAUACAGACAAGAAAGAGAAUUUGUUAGAUGAAGCCAGAGCUCCCACCCCAGACAUUGAGCAUUACUCUAAAGGCUCAAGGGUUGACCAGACUCAUGACACACAAAGUGAACCCAGUGACUGUGACGCAGGGGAUACUGUCAUGGGUGGUCAGCCUCACCGGAAACUUUUAGAUGAUGAUGCUGCUAAUUCCUUCUGGGCAAGCUGGGGCACUUGUACAUCUAGGGAUGCAGUGCAUAAUGUGGCGUAUGACACAGUCACUGACGAACCUUCAGCUGGGAAAAAAGGAGAAGCCAAUAGUACUGAAGAAGAAAUAGAGAUGGAGAAGCAGGAGGAUGAAAUGAAGCAAGAGGAGGCGAGUGAUCAAAUUAUGACGGAGGAGCUUGCUGGAGAGUAUGAAGCAGGAAUGAGAGAUGAAGAAAUGGAGGAGUUAGAGGUCACUCUAUCACAAGCUGGAGAUUGGACAAACAAUGAAGACUUACCUAGUGUCAAAGAACGUGGUGUUGUAGAAUCUCUAAUAGAAGUGGGCGAUGAAGACCUUAUCUUAGCUACAUCUUCAGCAGAAAUUAUGGAAGAAGAUAUUGAAGAUGUUAUGGAGGUAGAUGUUGAUGACAACAUGGAAGAAGACGUUGAGAUCGAAGUGUCAGACAUUGAAGAUAUGCAUGAACUGCUCGAGAGCCCAGUCAUACCUCCUAUAGAUGACACAGAUGACUACUUGGCAGAGGUUGCGGACUUGCUGGUGAAACCUCAGAGACGUAAAGACCCUCUGGACUCCUUAAUGGCUGAGGCUGAGUUGACUGUAGAGACUGAAGAUAUGGCAGAGGACGCUGCAGUGCACCCUCUUUUAACGAAAUAUACAUCAGUGCCAACAACUCUGACGAAAGAAGAAGAGACGGAACUUCAGAUGUAUUUGGCUGAAAAUGACGAUGCUAAGGAACUCGACAUGGAAAAGUUUAUGGCAAUGCCGCCGACGCUUACAGACCAGGAGCAGCGGGAGCUAGAUGAGGCUGUGAAGGAGCGGGAGCUUGUUCACCAAGCUGAGCGUCAGGACUUGGGACGGUUCUUAGAGAUGCCAGCGGGUUUGACAGAACAGGAGCUACGGGAACUUCAGGAGCUGGAACAUGAGGAAACUGAGCAGCCUUGGGAAAAUAAAGAGACUAGUUUUGAUGACUAUCUCGCCAUGCCCCAUGCCCUCACGGAAGAGGAGGAGAGACUUUUAAAAGAGGGAGUUGAUGAAGACAUAGAAUUUGAAAAUGAAGAGGAAUAUCGUGAAUACGUCAGGAACAAGUUUCUCAGCCAGCUUGAAGAGGAAGCCUAUAAUGUGGGUGAAGAGGAUGACGAGUAUGACUAUGAGGAAGAUUAUGAAGAUGACUACGAAUAUGAGGAUGACUACGAGGAAGAUGAAGACGAGGGUGAGGUAGAAGGGGAAUAUGUCAUGGUUCAAGAGACGGGCGAGACUGAAGGCACUACUCGGGUCACUCCAUCUUCUUCGGGUGUGGCUGGCACCUCUACCGUGGUUGAGGAGCCUGUCAAUUCGGAAGCACAACCCACAGAUCUAGAGAAGACUAAAAAGAGCCUAUUCAGUUUCCCAAAAAGGAACGAGAAAGAGACGGCACCAGAAGAGGCAGCGGCUUCGUCUAAAAAGUUUUUUCACUUCGGCGGCCUUGGAGCAAAAAAGAAAAAGGGAGCUCCUGAAUCAUCCAACGAUAAAAAGCUAGAAAAUUUAUCCAACAAAAAGUUUGAUGGGGAUGGCGGGGGGUCUGUGAGCUCUGCAUUCUGUAUUAUACAACGAAAACUGAGAGAGCAAAGCGACCAGGACAUGGCACUUGGCACAAAACGCCAAGUUGGAAAACGUUUGCAUUUUAAAAAUAUCAAUCAAUCGAAAUUUCAGAGGAAAGUUCUGUUGAAGAAAAAAUGCAGCAGUAACACUGCUACAGAUAUUGAUGGUCAGGUUCUCAAUGGCAAACAUUAUAUUUUACCUUUUAAAAUGGGAAAAGUUUCCAAAACUUCAUCGCACAUAGAAAGUGAAAAAUUGGAAGCUAAUUGUAAGGAUUUAGGACCUGAUGUCGCUGAAUUACAACAGGAUUUCAAGUCUGAAAGAACUAGGAAUCAAAGCAGUAAUCUGUGUAAUGAUCCAACCAAAAAUGAAGGUAACAUGGCUGAAGUUUCCUUAGGAAAGACCGCUGGUGUCGACUUGCCUGAUAGUUUAGACUGCUGUGAAGUCCCAGAAAUUCUCAUUGAUUAUGGUGAAGAAGAAGAAGUGGACGAAGAAAUAGCUAAGGUUUUCAUAGCGGCUCAGGUCACCGAGGGAAAGACAGGCGAGUCUCUCAAGGGAAGUGGGAGCCCCUUAGAUGACGAGGAGGACUUCUGGCGGCAGUGGAGAAGCGAGGAGCAAGCCUGUGUGUCUGGUGCCAGAGACUCUGCCUCUCCCUGGCAGCUCAACCAGGAUGAGCAGCAUCCUCUUGCUCAGUAUGACAAGGAACAGAUAGAGAUUGACUGCAGAGAGAAGAGUGGUGCAGCAGAGAGUGGUGCAGCGGAGAGUGGAGCAGCGGAGAGUGGUGCAGCGGAGAGUGGUGCAGCGGAGAGUGGUGCAGCGGAGAGUGGAGCAGCGGAGAGUGGUGCAGCGGAGAGUGGUGCAGCGGAGAGUGUUGCAGCGGAGAGUGGUGCAGCGGAGAGUGGUGCAGCGGAGAGUGGAGCAGCGGAGAGUGUUGCAGCGGAGAGUGGUGCAGCGGAGAGUGGUGCAGCGGAGAGUGGUACAGCGGAGAGUGGAGCAGCGGAGAGUGGAGCAGCGGAGAGUGGUGCAGCGGAGAGUGGUGCAGCGGAGAGUGGAGCAGCGGAGAGUGUUGCAGCGGAGAGUGGUGCAGCGGAGAGUGGUGCAGCGGAGAGUGGAGCAGCGGAGAGUGUUGCAGCGGAGAGUGUUGCAGUGGAGAGUGGUGCAGCGGAGAGUGGAGCAGCGGAGAGUGGUGCAGCGGAGAGUGGAGCAGCGGAGAGUGGUGCAGUGGAGAGUGGAGCAGCGGAGAGUGGUGCAGCGGAGAGUGGAGCAGCGGAGAGUGGUGCAGCGGAGAGUGGUGCAGCGGAGAGUGGAGCAGCGGAGAGUGGUGCAGCAGAGAGUGGAGCAGCGGAGAGUGGUGCAGCGGAGAGUGGAGCAGCGGAGAGUGGUGCAGCGGAGAGUGGUGCAGCGGAGAGUGGAGCAGCGGAGAGUGGUGCAGCGGAGAGUGGAGCAGCGGAGAGUGGUGCAGCGGAGAGUGGUGCAGCAGAGGGCGUAUGUGAUGAGGGGAGGAGAGAGUCCUUCACACCUGAGAGUGGUGACCCAGGAUGUGUGGUGGCCAGUAACAGGUGUGGGGGCGGUGGCCACUACUCCACACAUGUACACAAGGCCAGUUAUAACACAUGCACUGACAGUGAAAGAAGUGCCAAUCCUGGCGUCACGAGUGCAGACACUUGUGCCGAUGGCAGUAGUGAAGACGACCAAGUGCCAGGUGAUGGAGUUGGUUCGUGUGAGAGACGUCACUCUGGUCCUGGCGAGGGUCACAACCACAGGAGCCAGGGGACUCCCAAUUCCCCUGCCUUCACAGCAUCACCACACCAUACAAGCUCUUCGUUCCAUCGGAAAGGUUCCGCCAUGUCCGACGUUGAGUCAGCAGACGACGUCGCCGUGGAUCUCUCCCGCGGUGACGACGACGGCGACGACCUCUGGGGACACCAACACCAGGACGACCACCAUGGAGGUUCACGUCGUAGAUAUUUCCCCAGACACGAAGAGGAGGAGGAGGAGGAGGAGGCAGGGGGCCGACGUGGUCCUCUAAGAAAGUCCGACGAUGAUGGUGGCGACGAGGACAAGCUGGAAGGUGCUCCUCGCCUCAAGGACCAGGGCGGCGAGGAGCAGACUGGCGAGGGUGAACACGUAGACCAGCCUGCCAUGGAGGGCGAGGCUCGCACUGAGGAGGGCGGAAAGCGCGCUCCCACUUCGAACGGGGUCAAUGCCACCAGCGCUGAAAAGAAGAAAAAGAAGAAAUCCGAAGAUGGCGAGAAGAAGAAGAAGAAGAGGAAGAAGAAGAAGGGCGAGUCUGAGAAGGAGAACAUGGGCUCAGCCGGAAGCAGCUCCCGUAGCGGCCCAGAGAGUGAAGAAGAGGGCGUGGUGCCGCCUCCUACUCCUCCACUCCUCAAUGGACACGCCAUAACUAAUGGUCUGACGCAUCACAGUAAAGAAGAUAUUUUCUUGGGCGAUGACAAAUUUAGUGAUAGAGAACUACAAAGUGACCAUGAAGCAUUUACCAAAGAAGAUUUCCAUAGUUUAGUUGAGGUUUACAAUAAGGAGAGCACACCAAAGAGAGAGAUGAGAGCCCAGACUCCCCUUAGUGAUGAGGACGACCUUGCUGGUGUCAACGUCAAGCAGCUGAGAGUGUCAUAUCUGAGUGCCACACGAGACAAGGGUCAGCAGUCAACAAAUAAUUUCAAGUGUAACUCAAAGCCUGACAUCAAGGCUGACCUCAACACAAGUGUCAAUAUCAGCAGCCUGGUUGACACAUACUCUUCCCCGCACCGUGGAGCUGCGGCCGCCACCAGCCGCCCAGAUGACCUCACGCCCAUCUCCCUGCGCUCUCUCAAGUCAGCUUAUGAGGCGACAGCGACAGCCAGCAGUAGUGCAGGCAGCAGGGGAGGCAGCAGCAGCAGCAGUACUCCAGCUGGUGGCAGCCCUGCACCCAAGGAGGAACUAAACAUCUCUCUACAACAGCUGCGUGAAGAAUACUGCAGGUCAGUUCAGGACGGACACUCCCGGAGCCAAACUCCCACUAGAACACCACCAGAUACUGGGAUCUCCAUUAAACAACUUACCCGGAGCAUGACAGAUCUUCGAGUUCUAGAUCAAGACAUCAACAGUUCCAUAAUUGAAGGUGAUCGUGUUGCCUUGGCCACAGUCAAUGUGAAAGCUUUGACACGCAGCUUUUCUGACCUGACACGACUUUAUGACCCUAUUGUGUCAUCGCCACUAAGUGCUCAACCUCAACAUGACAUUCCAUCUCGCUCAGUCUCUGUUAAAAAAUUGAGGGCAAGCUAUGGUGACCUGCCCCGCCUCCUCUCCGAUUCAGAAUCAGGUGGCCAUUCCAGUGCCUCCCUACGCUUACAGUCACGCUUGCACACUAUGUGUGCGACGUUCGUGGGGCCCGUACCCCCGCCUCCUGAGGUGCCCAUACAACGCAACAUCUGCACAGGCGUGUCCGUGUCGCACAUGAAGGCGACUUACCAAUACCGCGAUGACCUGCUUGCCAAGCACGUUGGGCCUCGCGUCCGCUCCUUCGAUGCCUCCAAAAUGAAGAGCAAGUUCGAAAAGCCUAAGGACCCUUACCCCCUCUACUCUCUCCUCCACCUCCACGACAACCAAGCGUCGCAGGUGUCGAGCGAGUGCAAGAUGUGCGGGAAGCAGGUGUUCCAGAUGGAGAAGAUCGUGGCCGAGAAGGCGUCCUGGCACAAGAAUUGCUUCCGCUGCAAGGAGUGUAACUCCCUCCUCACGUUGGAGACGUACCAGAGCCACGAGGGCGUACUCUACUGCAAGCCUCACUUCAAGGACCUCUUCCGCCCCAAGGCUGUCAUCGAGGACCCCGACGAGGCACGCAAGGAACGAUUGAUGCGACGCCCGAAGAUGAUCGUGCUGGAGAGUCAGCCGGAGGCGCUGCCGGACGACGUCGUACGCUCCACAGUCAAACCUGAUUAUGGACUUGAGGAAUUAUCAUCGGCUAACCUAAAACAGAAGUUUGCCAUGUUUGAACAAAUAUCAACUGAAGAAGAACAUAGGCCGGACCCAAUACCAGUCCGUCGAUCUCAUUCUCUUCUCAACAGAGCUGCCAAGUUCAUGCAUUUAGAAGAUGAUGAUUAUGGGGUUGAGAACUCAGAACUUGGUGAAUAUGAAGAGGAUGAUGAAGAUGAAGAUGAAGAGGAGGAAGAUGAAGAUGGAGAGGAAGGUGAUGCAGAAAAUGGUGAAAAAAUAAAAACAAAGAAGGGACGUCCAACAAGUUUUAGUGGCAUGCAGGACCUUAAGGCAGGUUGGGCACAGAAGAACCGACGGGAAGAAAUGUCGCGAAAACGUAGAGAAGAAUUGUCAAAGUUCAGACAAAUGCUUUGUGCUGGCAAGAAUAUCACUACUAGAGAAAUGUUUGAAUCUGGUAACUUUGAUGAACAAGAGAAGCAAUUAAAGCGGAAGGAGCCAAUUGCUAUUGAGGGUCGACCUGCUGCAAAAAAUUUGAGGGAGCGUUUCGAAAAGGGUCUGUCUAUGAAUGAGGAUGAGGAUGAUGAAAAUCUUGACCGUAGAGAAGUAGAUGAUGUUUUGAAAAAUGCAGAAACAGCUAGCAAAGCUCGUAACUUAUUCAAGAAGAUAGAUUCAGCAGUGUCAGAAGAAGGCAGUGAGCCAGUCAUGCGCCCUCGUUCCUCUGCACAAGCAAGAAAGGAAAAUAGGUUAUCACGAGAUGGCAAGCGCAUUCGCAAUUUCACUUCGCAGGUGCAUGGUGAACAAUUAGAGGACGGCAACGAGGAUGAUGAAGUAUCCAUUGAAAAUUCUUCUCUUGUCAACCGCUUUAAGUUCUUUGCCACCUAUGAGGAGCGCGCUAAAAGAGAAGACAAGAAGCGGAGGAAAGCUUUCCGCAUCACACCUCCACGUGAUGGAGAGGACAAGGUUGCUGAAGAACUAGUUAAGGCGCAUUUGCCCAAACGUUGCAUGGCAAUUAACUGUGCGGUGUGCAAGCUUCGGGGGGUUGAUGUUGAAGAGCAGGAGUUGGGGCGUGACCCUAACCUUAUCCGUUGUACAGACAAUUAUCAAGAUGAAGUGGAUUGUCGCAAAACGCGAAGUGUGCUUGCCAUGUUCAAGAAAAUGGAGAUGCAAUCUGAAGAAGAAGACAGAGGUCCUCGACCUCUGAAGCGGUUUACUCCUCCUCCUGAAGGAGAAGGCGAGGAUGAUUCUGACGAGGAGGAAUAUUCAGAUGAAGAGUAUUCAGACGAAGAUGACGAGGAUGAUAGUGAAGAGGAUGAGGAUGAUGAAGAAACUGAUAGAAAACCAAAGUACAAGGAUGAAAUCCUGGAGAUGCUGGUUAACUCCUCACAGAGUGCCAAAAAGGCAGCUUCGCUGCGUGCCAAAUUCGAGAAGUGGGAGACUGAGGUUGAACGCAAUAAUGAAUAUAAUCGUGGUGAGAUACCUGAAGGUGAAGAGGAGUGUAUGCCAUCAAUCGACACCGCCCGUAACCUCCGUGCCAUGUUUGAGAACAAGGCCCAGGAGGCAUCGCGGCCGGUUACUAAUCGUCCUAAGAUCAAGGUCAACAGAUUUGUGUGAAAGACUGCCACAGCUACCUUGGAGCCUAUUGUCCAUCACCAUCUCUCGUGUCGAUGGCAGUCAUAGGCCAGCAGAUGCUCAUCUUCAAUCAACAUCAUCACAAGUACAGCACUUGCUGCAAUUGUAUUACAACAAUCACCUGAAAAAUUCUACUAUGAAAGCAACAAUAUAUUUGAUGGAAAUUAUGGAAUAACUAUAUAGUAUUCAGUAAUGUCUUGGUUCAGGAUCACUUGUCUCCAGGGCCUGCCAUUGCAGAGACAUUUCCAAUUUAGCAACAUGUUUGCCAGUGUUUUCUAUAUUUAUGCUACAUUUUAUUUUAUUUUAUUUAUUAUUUUAUUAUUGCAAAUAAGAGAAAAAUAAAUGUUUGUGCAUAUUUUGGCAAUGCAAAUCUCAAUUAUACAUAUUUUCCCUGUUAUCCAGGCACCUAAGCUGGAUAAUUGAAAGUUAACCAGAUCAUGAUCCUUUUAUUUUAUCCAGACUUCCACUGAGCCAAGCUGUGUCCAAGCGAGACACCACUGUAUACUGAAUAUAUAGUUAAAGCAUUAAUAUAAAUCAAACAUUGGCUUUUCCAAUAUUAUAAUAAAUAUUGGUUUUCCUAUGAAAAUGUAGUGAUAUGUUUUUGCAUGAUUAUAUGAAGGGGAAAAAUAUUAUAAAUUUGUUAUCAAAAUUAUAUUUAUACUGUACACUUAAAUGAAUUUUUACUUGUGCCUUAUGAAACAUACUUCCUGGUUAGUAAUAAUUAUGUAUUGUAGUAUAUGUAGAACCGGUCACUGAUUCAUCCAUAGGCUAAUUGAUCAAGGUCAUUACUUUUAGAUCAGAAUACAGCCACCUCACACUCCGUUGAAAUGGCUUGAGGUUGUUAUCAGAAUUACUUGGGCAAUGACCUUGACUAUAUGAAUUAUUCUUACUAUAUAAUAUCUUAAUAAUUAUUAAUGGGUUCUGGAACACAUCUAAUAUGGUAAUUAUGCACUCAGUUUUGUGAAUUUUGAUUUGGAGUAAAUGCUUUCCUUGUACGAGCUCUUGUGAAUUGUAUAGAUCUGCUGUAUUAAGUUUAGUCAAAUCUUGUGGCAGCAUAAAUUGUACCGUGCAUAGAAUACAUUUUUCUUUAUACGUUUAUACAUGCAUUGUAGUAUAAUAUCUUGCUAUAAUAUAUAGUGUCUGUGGUAUUUGUAUUUUAUGUAAUUAAUAGAUCAACUAGACUGAAGAAUCCCCCCAUUAAUGUCUUGGUCAUUGCAUGUUUAUUAUCUAAAUUUCUGUAAAGGAUUUCCCCUGUAGAACAUUUGUAUAAUUGUAGGCCAUAUUGUAAUAAAUAAUUUUAUAAUGAAUUAUAGUUAUUUUAUACAGUAAUAAACUUCAAUAUUCUCUAGUUGUUAUGCAGCUAUUAAACAAAUUCAGAAUUUUAUGAAAAUGUUCCAUCAGAUGAACAUAAUUUUAAGAUAUUUUUAUUUCAAUAUCAUUAUAUAAGCCUAAAUAUAAUUGGUGUAUAUAGGUAAUAAUAACACAGUCCUUUCAUAUUGUGUACCUGAAAGAGCCAAUUUAACUUUAAAGAUUUACAACAUUUAUUGCCAUUAAAAUAUGAUAGGUAGCUCCUUGCCCAAAUUGAUCACAUUAUACUGGUGUAUGCAGUUACAUACACAUUUUCCUGAUAAGUCACUAGUGUCUAUUGUACAUGCAAAAUAACCAUACGAAAGAAGAGCUUAUUUUAAUAUUUUUGUGUACAAGUUUAAUGUAAACGUUUGUCACCUUGUUACCAUCUCAAGUUGCUAUCAUGAUUUUUGCUUAAACAAGUAGUAAAAUAUCAGAGUUGAGACGGUACAAUAAUUAUGUUACUUGUUUAUGUAUGAAUGCUUUCUCAAUAUGAUCUGAAGGGUCAUUAUUAUGAAGUGUGCAGUUACUGACACAGCUUAAAAACAAAGGAAACUAAGUAGUUUUAUAAUUAUAGUACUGCAUAUACAGUACUUAAUUUGGUUAAUAGAUGUCAUGUUAACUGAGGCAGAGAAAAUAUGUCCAGUACUGUACUAGUGCUCCAAAUUGAUAAUUGAUGUUGCUGUAUCAAUCAAUUCAAAUCAGAUAAGUAAAUGCUUAGUUAUUGUGAAUGUGGAACACAUAUAAAAUUAGUAUAAUUUUGUUGGCCAAUUAAAACAAACAUACCAUGACAAUAUUUUAGCAAUCAUUUGAUUGGUGGUUGUUGAGUGUCAGAAUCUUAUAAUUCAUUAAUAUGAAUAGUGACCAAUGUCUUUGUGAUCUUAUUUGUGUUCUCUUGUAUAUAAAUGUAGACAAUUAUGUUCACAAAUGUGGAUAUUUAUUUACUAUAAAGAAAUAAUAAUACACAAUUAUUGGAAAUCAUUGUACAUGUUAAUUUAUGGAAAUCUCAAAAGUGAUUUGGCCUCUUACAAAUAACACUGUAAUCUAAACCCAUUAAUUUUUACAAUAAUAGAAAACAAAGAAUAUACAUCCUGCAAUAAUUUCACAUAGAAAACAACAGAUUGCCUUUCAAGUUAUUGCUGCAUCUUGGACAAAAAUAUUGUUUGCCAUAUGACUGCUCUUAUCAUUACAUGGUAGUUUAUAGUAUGUCAAAAUUUGUCUUUUGUAGUUUCCAACUUUGUAUUUAAUUUGGUUAAUAAAUUAUUAUGUUUA